AUGACUAAGUGGCAGCUAUUCCUUCAGAUUGAUCAAUCAUUCCAGAUUCACCGCAGUUAUGGAAGCAUGCUUGAAGGCGAGGCUGAUGAACUUAAGAGGGUAUUCUUAGAAGGAAAUCCUUACCUCCUGGUGAUUACAAUGGUUGUUUCAUUACUUCAUUCUGUGUUCGACUUUUUGGCCUUCAAGAAUGAUAUUCAAUUUUGGAAUAAAAACAAAUCUAUGGAAGGACUAUCUGCAAAGUCGGUUAUUGUUAGCUUUAUUAGUCAGCUCAUUGUCUUCCUCUACCUACUUGACAAUGAUACUUCAUGGAUGAUACUUGCAAGUUCUGGGGUUGGUUGCUGCAUUGAGUUCUGGAAAAUCGGGAAAGCCAUGCACAUUGAGUUGUCAGAAGACUCAGAACUACAACAACUGCCGCUUAUACAGGCAGAGUUGUUUCUGAAUAUUGUUGUCCUUAGUAGUUAUAUUGAUCAAAUUGAAAUAACUUUUGAGGAUAGUGGAAGGGGUGACAAGGAUGUGGGCUGCGGUGAGAAAGGAUAUGAUAUCCAUAUUGAUAGAUCUGGGAAGAUACCAAUGUUGAGGUUCCGUGACCGUGAGUCAUAUUCUGGAAACAAGACAAAGGAGUAUGAUGAUAUUGCAAUGAAGUAUCUGUCAUAUGUGCUUUUCUUUCUUGUUGCCUGCUCGUCUAUUUACUCUCUCAAGUAUGAACGUCACAAGAGUUGGUACUCUUGGAUUCUUUCAUCACUUACAAGCUGUGUCUACAUGUUUGGUUUCAUUAUGAUGUGUCCACAACUAUUCAUCAACUAUAAGCUGAAGUCUGUUGCCCAUCUACCUUGGAGGCAAAUGACAUACAAAUUUCUUAAUACAAUCAUCGAUGAUCUCUUUGCCUUCGUGAUAAAAAUGCCACUACUACAUCGGCUUUCUGUCUUCCGUGAUGAUAUAAUAUUUCUGAUAUAUGUAUAUCAGAGAUGGGUCUACCCAGUAGACCGGAAACGGGUAAAUGAGUUCGGUUUUGGUGGUGAGGAUGAUCAGUCCUCUAGUGAUGCCGAUAUGACAGCUGUCAAGGAAGAUGAGAAGAAAACUAACUGA